AUGUUAAAACUGUGUAAUGGGAUCAGUCGAAUUGAUCAACUGUCAACUGUCUUCUUACAAUCAACCUUCUCAGAGAUGGUUGCAAAACUAUAUCAUCAAAUCAAUGCAGCAGUCAAGGCCUUAGAAGAUGUGAAGAAUACCCUUACACCUGGUUUGACAAGGCGGUUGAACAAGAUCUUCAAGAAUAGCAUGGUUCAGGCAGAAUUGAACGUGUACUAUGAGAAUGAACUUGCAGAUCAUUAUUAA